CAAUGACGUCAUGACGUCUCCUGUCUCUAAUGGCUGAACAACAACAACUAUCGGCUAGUGACAAACUUUCUAGAACUCCUAUAAGGACACAAGAAAGUUGUAAAUCGUAGGCAGUGUAUUUCGUUUAAUAGCGCAAGUGUCUAUUCUUCUUGUAAUUACAAAUGUGGAGUUUCUGAUGGAUCCGAGAUAUGACAUCCCGCGGAGGGCCGCCGGUGGUGGCGGGGGCUCCGCGAACUCGUCCCCCGCUCUGGGGGCUCAGUCGCGCCGCAGGAAGAUGCCUCCCAGACCUGCUGACUUUAAACUUCAAAUCAUCAUCAUCGGCUCCCGUGGUGUUGGUAAAACCAGCCUGAUGGAGAGAUACACUGACGACACUUUCUGCGAAGCUUGCAAGUCGACAGUUGGAGUUGACUUUAAGAUAAAGACAGUGGAGCUGAGAGGGAAGAAGAUCAGACUACAGAUAUGGGACACUGCUGGUCAGGAGAGGUUCAACAGCAUCACCUCAGCCUACUACCGAAGUGCAAAGGGAAUAGUUCUGGUGUACGACAUCACGAAGCAGGAGACCUUUGACGAUCUGCCCAAGUGGAUGAAAAUGAUAGACAAGUAUGCCUCAGAGGAAGCAGAGCUUCUUCUGGUCGGGAACAAGCUGGACUGUGAGAGUGAUCGGAUCAUCUCCAAACAGCAAGGAGAGAGGUUUGCCUCUAGAAUAAGCGGAAUGCGUUUCUGUGAAGCUAGUGCCAAGGAUAAUUUCAAUGUCGACGAGAUCUUCUUGAAGCUUGUGGAUGACAUCCUCAGCAAGAUGCCUCUUGAAGUUACCAACAAGGAGCUUUCCAACAGCGUCCUGUCUCUGCAGCCUGAACCGGAAGUGCCUCCGGAGUUACCGCCUCCUCGCAUGCGUUGCUGCUGAGAGCCACAUUGGUUCCCCAAUCCUUCUCACACAAACACACACACACACACACACACACACACACACACACACACACACACACACACACACACACACACACACACACACACACACACACACACACACACACACAGCUCACAUAUGCAGAGUACCAAUCUGACCACCAGAGGGCAGCAUACAUCAGCAGUGUGGAGUUACUGACUGCUGAUUGAUGAUGCAUGUACUCUGUAUACAAACAGUAUUAUCUUCCCCUGUUCCCCUGUAACUGCACAUUAUGACAUAUCCUACACUAACACUUAGGCCUCGUAAAUCACCCACUUCCUACCACCAGUCUGUCUACACUUGACCCCGACUACCUCAUUCCUCAGAGUUAGGCUAGCUGUGUCCCACAGGUGCCUUGGAGGUAGAGAGCCCUCUGGUAGCAUAUUAAUGAGGAGAGGGAUUACUGAGGGCCUUACAGCUUGUUCUCUUCCCAUUUUCUAUUAAUAAACAGUCAACAUAAAUACUGCACACUAAGUUUGACGCUGUGUGAGUUGCCCUGAAUGUCUGGUAUCUCUGCAUCAUGUUACUGAAAGGGAAGACAAUAUCUCACAUCACUGCAGCUUAGCUUAAAUUCUGGGUCGAGGUACAGUAGUUUUAUACUCUUAUCUUUAGGUAUUAUUACUGAGUGAUGAGUUGACUUGAGGUAAACAAAAGCACAUGAUGUAAAUAGGCUGUGUUGCAGUAAUGACUGGACAAAGGUGCAGAUUUUUCUUGCCAGCAGAAGGUAGUAGUGUGGUGGUGAUCAUAUCAGUUUUUAUCCUUUGCCUUAAGGUAUUCAAGAGUCCGGAGUGGCUAAUAUCCUGUUUGUAUAAAUUGUAAAGUUUUGCACUACAAUUCAACUUACCUAGUUAGCUGACAUAAAGAGAAACGAGAGUACACAGCUUAUAGAUGCUAAUAAAAGAUACAUGCUGCCACUAAAAUUGCCGCUCUGAACUCUUCCACCUGAUUGUAAUACAAGGAGAGAUGGGUAAUGUAGUUUUUGAUUGAUCUGGAUCUGUGUUUCCCCCUGAGUUAUCCUCCACAUGUGAGGCUGACUUUGUAGUGGAAUAGGGGGCAAUACAGAGCUAGUGCAGACACAUGAUUUUGACUUUUGAUUUGGUUGUGUUACUAAUAUUGCAAAGUGUUUCGUAUUAUACGAUGUUUCUUUUAAACUGAGAUAUAUCUGGGAGAGUAAAAUUGCGCAGCAAGGUUUUAUGUUAGAUUUCUAAUGGCUCAUUUUGGUAGUCUCAAUUUGGGUAGUUUGAAACAAAGGAAUAAACCACAACUUCCCAAAAGUUAAAGCUCCUGUGAGGAGUGUUUGACUGGCUAGGAAACAAGCUGGAAUAUACGACACCAUCAAGGAAAAGACUGACAAUUUCUAUAUUGUUUUUUUUAAUACCUGUAACCAGUGAGAGAGGGGAGAGUUUUGAUUUGUUGUUUUUUUCUUGUAGGAUGUACUGGCUUGUCCACAGGGGGCGCCAAAAGUGGCACAAAUAGAAAGUUCCUCACUGGAGCUUUAAAGAGGAAAUUAAUGAUUUCCAGAGAAGGGAUAUAACAAGUCUGACACGGCUAAACGUUAGCUGAGCUUCAGUCCUCCUUGCAGGUUAAUGUCCACAUGCAUUGCUUCGGUCGAGUGGUUAUAACAGUGUAGACUCAGCCUACAGACGACUUUAUCUCUGUUCUCUGGAUCAAAAUCCAGCCAAACCAUGCCGCACCAAGAGAUGCCCUCUGUCAUCUGUGAUUGUUAACAUCCGGAUAGUAGAGCAAUGCAGUAUCAAGGCAGUUUCUACUGCAGUUGGUGGUGGAUGGCUGCACUGCAGUUUAGACAAAACUUGACCAGCAUUUCGGACCUACAAUGAUAUAAAUCAUUUUGUUUAACUGACUAGUAAGCUGACGAGCAAGGGUGACAUUGUUUGAUUGUUUAGUUGACUAAAGGCGCACAUCCCUGUUCCAGAGUGAGUCAGCAGUUUUGAAUUAUAAAAUUGGCCUCUCUAUUUUUUAACCAAUGACAUUACCUGCAGAAUGACUGCGCUAUGCAUGUCAAGGCCUCCUGUCUUCUUGGCUGCUCAUAAUCAUUAGAUUUUUCUGUUACUUUGGUAAAUGAAUGCAAUAUUAGCAGUGUAGCUCUGUGAGUCUCUGUUUUGUUUAUACAUGUUGAAGUUAAAGAGUGAGAGGUUGCUGAAGGACAGGCCCCAUGCAACUGACCUGAUUAAGAGUGACUCGCUGUUGGUUAAUUCUGUUUUUGUUGAAGAAUUAUUUUAAGCCCAAGCAGCUUUUGUGGACUUAAAAGGGCACAUUUUGUAGUCUAACAAGUGAAUAGUAAUGUACCAAAACAAAGCAACAGUUACUGACACCACGACCACAUCACGCAAUGAGAUUAUCAAGCAGCAAACGACGUGAGCGGACAAAUACACAGCCACUUUGCAUUUUCAUCACUCCGAUUUCAAAACCACAAACUCCUCUUUUAUUUUUCAUUCUUUUCCUGCUGUUUCCCCCUUGUCUUUAAGCAUUUGGCACUAACUCUGUGUUCUUUGUUUUUAACAGCCAAGCCUUAUACUACUCAGUGUUUUCAAUAUACAUUUUAAAAACCCGCUUUUAUUUCAAAUGUGUAUCCUUCAAGAUGGAAGACUGUACUUUGUAUUAAACCUGUUACAAGUCUGAAAAGUUUUGGCAUGUUAAAAGCAGAUUUGUGGUAUUUAUAACUUGUGGCAUUCUCAAACUAAUGAAAUGCAAUAAAAGAUAUCUAUAUUUAU